AUGUCGGACGGCGAGUCGUCCGAGUACGAGGAAGUCGACGCCCUGGACGACAGCGACGACGACUUCGCGUACGAGAACCUGAACGUGGAGGAAUUCGACGAGCUCGACGACGAACUUCUCGCGGACGAUGACGACCUCGAGAGCGCGAUGCGAUCGCUCAGAGGGCUCACCGGUCUGGACGGGACGAUGGUCGGCGGAAGAGACACUGCCUCGCCGGAGAUGGCCGCGAGCGAGGUCACGAAGCGACCGGAGGUGAUGGACGACUUCGUGAGGAACUUCCUCGUCCGCGCCGGGAUGACCUCGACGCUGGAAAAGUUUGAAACGGAGUGGUACGAGCUGGAGGCGACGGGGAAGCUGAACAAAGACGCCCUCGGUCCCGUGCCGGACUUGUACAACUCGAACCAGGACCUCAACGACCGCCUGGCGCGGAUGCGGCACGACUUGGAGCAAGCGCGCGAUGUCGCGGAGCGCGCGAGCGGGACGUGGGAUAAGUUUCGCAAAGAGCGCGACUUUCAUCGUUUACAUCACAAGCGCAUCGUCCAGGAGAAGAACAAACUUCUCGCGGACAUCAAACGUCUUAGGAAGCACUACGCGCAGUACGAGCCCACGAUCGUUGAACUGAAGCGAAAGUACGAGCUCGCGAUGAAGAGCAAGAUGCUGACGCAGCUCGAGAGCGACAAGAUGUCGGCGAAAGUCAGAGAGUUUCAGAGCGCCGAGCAAAAGAAGGAGAGCGCCGCGGCGUCGAAAGAGAAGAAGCGUCUCGCCGAGGAAGCGCGCGCCGAGAAGGCCAAGAAGGACGCGAUGCGAUCCGCCACCGCGGUCGCGGAGGAGAAGGCUGCGCGGGCGUCCAUGAGCAUGACGAUGACCGCGAAGAACGGCGACGCGGUGAUGAAGACGACGUUGAGGGAGAACCCGUUCGCCAACGUCGAAUUCGACCCGGUGUCCGUGGAGCACUUCGCGUUGGAGAAGACCUUCAAGGGCCACAUGAUGUCCGUCUCGAACCUCGCGCUGCACCCGAAGAAGUCCAUCGUCGCGACCGCGUCGGACGACGCGACGUGGAAGAUGUGGGACCUGCCGAGCGGGGAUUUGAUCAUGAGCGGCGACGGCCACAAAGACUGGGUCUCCGGCGUCGGCUUUAACCCCGCGGGGACGCAUUUGGUCUCGACGUCUGGAGACUGCACGGUGAAGAUUUGGGACUUCAAACAGAAGCGAUGCACGGUGACGUUCGCGGAGCACGGGCAGGCGGUGUGGAACGCGUGCUUCCACGACAGCGGCGACUUCGUCGCGUCGUGUUCGCUCGACCACAGCGCGCGCCUGUGGGACCUUCAAUCGAACCGGUGCAGGAUGGCGUUUCGCGGGCACGUGGACUCGGUGAACGAGGUGUGCUGGCAGCCCUUCACCAACUGCCUCGCGACCGGCUCUUCGGACAAGACCGUGAGCACUUGGGACGCGCGGAACGGCCGCUGCGCGCAGACCUUCUACGGCCAUCUAAACUCGUGCAACCACCUGUCGUUCAACACGAAAGGGGACAAGCUCGCGUCGUGCGACGCGGACGGCGUCGUGAAGCUCUGGGACGUGCGCAUGGUCGCCGAGCUGCUGACGGUGGACUGCGGGCCGCACCCCGCGAACAAGGUGGUCUUCGACCGCGCCGGGGAGACGGUCGCUGUCGCGAGCGACGACGGCACGGUGAAGUGUUUCGGCGCGGAUCACGGCGAGAUGGUGGCUGAGCUCGCGGGGCACGACGACGCGGUGCAAGCCGUCGCGUUCGAUCCGCACGGGAAGUUUGUCGUGUCGUGCGGGAGCGACGCGACGUUCCGGUUGUGGAACUGAGCCGAGCCGCGCGUCGACGCUGCCAUCAAAAUUAGUCUACCACGUGAUGAGUACACGUGAGCGACGCGCGGGCUGUGAAUAUCGAGCUCCACGAGCGUCGCCG